AUGACUGUCACUGGGUGUCAUCAACGCCGACUACGCAUGGGAAUAUGCCAAUACCACGUCCGAUCUCAGCAAGCGCACGGGAAUUUCCACGGUCGUGACAGUGGUCAAACUAUUGCCACGGUAAAAGCAGCGAUUGAAAUCCGGGAGCUCCUUGCUGGUAUCAUUAAGUCGAAGUCGGAGGCGGACUCGUGCACGUUGACAUAUGGGACGGAUAUAAGUGGUGAUUAUUUCUAUGGUUAUGCGUACAAAGCCACAACUACUGGAGAAAAUUGUGACACUACGGCGGAACGCAAGACAAUCCUGAGUGCCAUUGAAAAUUGUGCUACUAGCCUGCAUUCUAAAGGUGCUGCUGUUGGCGGUUGCACUUUCCACCACGGGGGUACUUGGCAUGGCCAUCUGCAGCUGAGUGCUGAGCCGGUGAUCUAUCCUGUGCAUAAAGUCACUUGUUAA